AAAUAAAGAGCUCUAAUGUAAUUAAUUUUAUAACACUAAUAACAUGAAUUUUGCAAUUUAUUCCAAUUUUCUCCUGAUUUAAAAUGUUACACCAAUAUGCUAAAAAUCUUUUACAUAUGUGGUGGUGCUCUAAACUCCUCUCCAUUAAGAUAUGUUAUUAGUGUUACAAAAUAAAUUUUAUACUAGAAAAAAAAAAAACAAACAAUGGGGGAAAUUCAUGAUUUUAAAAGUAAUUGACCUUCCCUUAAAAAAAAGAAGCAAUUAAGGUGAUAUACGAAAUUAAUCAAUCUGCAGUUAUAGAUAUUUUGUUUAAAAUGAUUAAUAUAUAGGUGCAAGUUGAUUCGAUUAGUUGUAGUGAUUGGUGCAUGUGGUCCAAGCAGCACUCAGUUUUCCCCCUUCCCACCCGUUUGCCCUCUCAUUUCACUAUAUAAAACCACUACCUCUCCACACCAUCUCUCCUCCCAAAAUUCACACCAAGAAUUUAACGCCACCGCCGCGCCGCCCUAGAACCACCAAUUCCUCCGCCGCACGAACACCGAUUCCGCCGCCGUGCUUUUACAAAAGAAAAAAAAAAUAGAGAAAGAGAUGAGGCCGUCCGCUUCUCACUACGCCGGAGGCGAAUACAACCAGCCUCAUUUCCUCGAUUCCUGCUCUCUCUGCCACAAGCAUCUCAGCCAAAACAGUGACAUCUACAUGUACAGAGGAAACGCACCGUUUUGUAGCCAGGAAUGCAGACAAGAACAGAUUGAGAUGGACGAGGCAAACGAGAAGAGAUGGAAAAUUUCUUCUUCCAAGAGAUCUAACAGUGUUAGACAAAGCAAGGAUUCAACUAAGGAAUCCGACACCAACAAAGCCGUUCGAACAGGAACCGUUGCUGUAGCCUAAAGCUCAAGAUUUAUAAAUACAUAUCAAGAUUCAAAUCUCCACACGAAAAAGAAAAUAAAGGGGGAAAUCAGAAGAAAAAAAAAAGGAGACGUAUUGAUAAUUUCUCGAAUUCCUGAUUAUGAAAGGCGUUUGAGAAUUACGAGGUGGAGUUUGAUCUGUAAAGGAGAGAAGCUGGGCAGGAGGAAGGAGAAGAAGACCCUGCUAUACAAUUUUGGUUUUUUUUUUUUCUUUCUUUGUUCGUUACUGUAACGUUUCUUGCUUCUUCCUUUCUUCUUUUUCUUAAAUCAAAUCAAUAUGACGAAAGCCCUUCCUUCAUUGGGAUUCUAGGAGAUAUAUAAAUCUUUGUUAAUUCAA